AAAACCUGGACACUUUUAACGUUGACAGAACGCUUUUGGGAUCUUUGGGAACUUUCAGGGAACGUUCUUAGAACUUUUUUCUGUUAGCUGAGUAAGAGCUUGUUUUGCCUCAAAAUGCACACAAGUAAUGUUUUUAGCAAGGCAUGUUUGUUAAAACUAGUUAUAUUUCCUAAUUAAACUAAGGCCUAGUCCUGUCUUAAACUAAUCCCUGUCCGGGAAACCACCACAGCAUGUUCUGAUAUUUACUAUUAUAGUGGCCUAUACCUUUCCCCAUGAUUUUAAGUGGUUUAUUGUACAUCACACAUUGACUAAAGUGUCAGUUUAACUACAGAAAACUUUAGAAAGAGCUGAAUAAUAAACUACACACAUGCAGAUUAAACAUCGUUGAGUUGAGUGUAGUGCAGUAAGAGUGCUGUCCACUAGAGGCGCUGUUUGACUGUGAUGAAUGCAGCGUUCAGUCACUGCUGAUAGUGGGCGGGGCCAGUAAAGAUGAUUGAAACUGAUAAGGGAUGAAUAAAGAGGAAGAAACUGAAGAGCAGUCAGAUGUGUAUAGACACACAGAGAACAUUCAACAUCAAGAAGAUCAACAUCCUCAACUCACAAUGAAGAUCCUCCUCAUCUUCACUUUCUUCAUCAUCUCAGGUGCAGUGAGAUGCUUUGAUGUGAUUGGAUAUUCUGGAGGAAGUGUUCUUGUUAAUUCAUUGAAAUCUUGGUGUAAAGACUGUUUUAAAUAUAUGACUAAACUAAACCCACACAGAAACAUAAUAAACUAUAAGAAACAUGAUCGAUGGAUUAAUGAAGGAAGAUUCACUCUGUAUUGUAACAAUGAUGAAAACCUGAUGAUUUACAUCAAAGAUCUGAACACAGAAGAUUCUGGAAGAUACCAGAUUGGGGUUGAUAACCAAUGGUACACUAAUAUGACCCUGACUGUGAGAGAAUGUGAGUUAUUUUAAACAUCAUGCUGAUCAUGUCAAAACUACAGAUGAUUGUGAAAUAAAUGUUUUCAUAUGUGAUUGACAGAUUCACGUUGUGGGGCGUCACAGACAGUGAUGGUGAAUACUGGAGAAAAUGCAAACUUCAGAUGUCAAUAUUCACAGGAUUAUAAGACUGAUGACAAGGUCAUAUUCAAGAAAGAAAAAGUCUCCAUUGUGAUGAUCUACAGCAAAUGGAAGAAGAAAGAGAGAAUCAGUAUUUCUGAUGACAGAGAUAAAAACCUCUUCAAUGGGAGAAUAACUGAUGUGAGAUCAGAAGAUGCAGGAGUUUAUUUUUGUGGAGUUUGGCUUCAGAGAGACUCCUACACUUACUCCAUUAUUACUGCUGUUCAUCUCAACAUUAUGAGUAAAGUGGGUGUGGUCAGAGUGAGCGGAUACUCAGCAGGUCAAAUCAUCUUCAAGUGUCAUCACCCUCGAUACAAAAAUAACCCAAAAUAUCUGUGUAAAGAAUCAGAUGGAUGUUCUGAGAGGAAAUCUCCAUCAGUUCAGGAUCAAUGGAUGAAGAAUGGAGAUGUUUCUCUAUAUGAUGACACCACAGCAGGAGUCUUGAUGGUGUAUUUUAGAGAUCUGAAUGCUGGAGAUGCUGGGACAUACAGGUGUGGAGUGAAUGUAUCUCAAUAUACUGAGAGCUUCACUGAAAUACAGAUGGACAUUAAACAGGCGCUGACACACUGGUGGGUGAAUAAAUCUGUUUAUGUUGGUGAUGAAGUCAAUAUUAGCUGUCAGAUCCCAGAGGAACAUCAAGUCUCAAAACUCUUCUGUAAAGAGGAUGAACAUCACAUCUGCCAAAACAUCAACACAUCUAAAGUUAAACUGAAUGAUUUAUCUCCUAAAAGUGUUUUUACUGUGACCAUCAGUAAUGUGACAGUGAGAGAUGCUGGAGUUUACUGGUGUGGAGCAGAAACCACUGAGAGAGAUUUAACUUUCAUCUCUCUGACCACUAAAGUUCAACUCAAUCUGAUCACACUGAAGAGAGACAACGACAGAGAGGUGGAGAGAGAAGAUGCUUUCUCCAUGAUCAUCAUUAUUGUGUGUAUUUGUGUAAUUCUGCUGCUGAUUGGAGGAAUCACUCUCACUGUUUGUAAAUUUUAUCACAAGAAGACACCAGAAAACAGCUCAAGAUCAGACGACACACAAAGAGAUGAAAACAGAUUGUCGUUCUGUGCAGACAGUAGACAUCAUUCGCUCUCAGAUCCUCAAUCAGCUUCACUUUACUCUACUGCACAAUUACCCACAAUCCCCUCUGAUGAUCUGCUGUACGCUGCUGUCAGUUUCUACAAGUAUGAAGAUUCAGUCAGUGAUGUUACAGACACCUUCAGUAAAGAGGAGAUUUUAACCGACUACACCACUGUCAGUCGACACACAAGACUCGACUGAUUCAUAUACAGAAGAUCAAAGUUAGUCAAAAAUUACCAGCAGUAUUUAAGAGAAUGAUUAUAAUAUUUGCUUGGCUUUUAUUUAAACUGUAUAAUGCAUAAUUCUUUACUGUUUAAAAGUGUUUCUUUACUGUAGUUUGGUAAAGAUCAUACAGAUGUUUAGCAGUGCUGAAAAACUUUUUAAAAAAGCAUUUUUACUCUGACCUAUGUUUCUUCUUUCAUGUUAAACAGCAAGUGUCACAUUUAAUGUGUGAAGAGUUUAAGUUUAGCUGAUGGUGUGAAUGAAAGAGGAACAAACCUUUGAGUGACUCUUAUAAAAUACACUUAAAGUUUCAACUGCAAACACAAACAGACACAGCAUCAUUUAAUACAUACUUUAUACAUAUGUAUUAUUUAAUCUUUUUAAAAUAUCAUCUUUUAAAAGACAGAUAAACCUUUAUUUACCCUUAAUCAGUGUUUGGGGUCCUAGGGUACCCCACUGGACUUUUCCUUCAUUUUUUAAAUGUGAUACCUUCAUAUCAGGGGCAUGAAAUUCUGUGACUUUUCCUAAAUAAUCUAUCUAAACAUGCACAAAAAACAGGCUUGAUUUGGUUGUUCUAAAGGUGUGUAAAGAAAUUACCGUUUAAGGUGUUUGGGGUCAAAAUGACUCACAUUGAAAAUGAAU